AUGUUGAAAGUUGAAUAUUUAAAUAAACUAAUGAUCACACAAACUGAUGCAAAACAACAUUUACAUAAUAUUCGUUAUCGACGUCAAAAUCAAUUAGCAAUAUUAACCAAUGAAUGUCAUCAACCUUGUAUUUUACAUAGACGUAGUUUUGAUAAUCAAUUAAAUUCUUCUUCGUCUUCAAUUGAAAAGCCUUUUAUUUCUAAACCAUUAAAAAAUGAAUCAAUUUUUAUUUGUAUUUCACAAACUGAAUCAGAUUAUGAAUUACUUAUUCUAAAAUCUGAAUCUUCAUAUAUAUUUAUAGAGAAUCAAUUACCGAAUCCAAUAAUUGAAUAUUCUAUUGAAAAAUUUCCAUUAAUUUCAACUUUAAAUCGAUCAAUUAAUCAAAAUAAAUUACAAUCAAAACUUCCUUCAAUUAUUUAUCCAUCAUCAGAUUAUUUUUCAACUCGAACUCUUCCGCUUAUUUAA